AUUGCUUACCUUUCUAGGAGAAAGGCAAAAACACUGUUGUUUCUACCUAUGGAGUACACUGAAAGAAAUGUUAAGUAUUUGUUCGAAUAUACUUGUAUGACGUCAGUCAGUAUUUUUAUAAUAUCAGAUUGAAAAAGGUGACUCCAGAUUGCAAUAUUACCCCUGGUGACAGGCAGACAUAAUAUGCAAUGCUGGUAAAGAAAUGCAGAUCAAAGGCAAGGUUUUUAAAAAAGGAUUAUCGAUUUCAGAAUGUGUUGCACCAGACAUUUUGUCAAGCAUUGAUUCCUGAAUGAUAAUAUUUCAUGCACGAUGCAUACAAAACAAACGCAAAGUACGGCGCUUCUCGUCUAGGUUAAUAUCGUACACCUCGUGCAUUGUUUUUAUUUUAGUCUCCCCUUGUCUGCUGCAAACGCUGCCGUACGUACGACGCAUAUUUGCGUCUCAAACAACUCCUGUCAUUAACUACACAACAUCAACGGAUCGGUUUCACACACAUUCAGUCCAUCGGUUCGAUACAAACUUGUUCCAGCUUCGGCCAACGAGUAAUUCGCAAGCUGCUGACGAGAACCGCACUGACGAUAUAUUGACCGUCAGCUUGCCAUCACCCCACAUUGCGCCUUCUUGUGCCAUACUGCCGUGCAGCGCCCUGGGCGCUAUUGCUACUGUUCCUACGGAACGUGCGUCCGUCUGUUCGUGCGGCUAUUAUACAUCGAAGGAGAACUUCUAGUGCCGUAGCGGAACACUCUCGGGUAUAAUCCCAGCCUUUUCAAAUUAUCUUUGUAGCUUGGCUGAGGUUCGUAGUUCCAGGCUAACUCUAAAAUCGUGAACUAAAUAAUUUAAACAAUUCUAACGUUUGAAAUUGCGGAAUGUUACCAUGAUUGUACUGAAACGGAAGUGCUCGGACUGAUUCGAAUCCUAGCGAAAGUAUUACCAACAAGCCUAUACACUGCAUUUUGAACCGAACUCUUUCAAAACAACACGACAACUGAAUGUCUCUUCAACUCUAAUUUGCUUAGGUCAAUAUCAGGUAUACAAUAGUGCAGGUAAUUACCCCAGAAGAAAACAGAAAGGAUCAAAAUGCAAAACAAAGGAGAGCCAAAAACUGCGGUACGGUCAUAAAAUUUUCUAUUUACAAAAUCACUUCCACUUGCAGUUAACUGCCAAACACUGCCUUAGCCUACGG